ACUUAUUCAUCAUGUCUGGUCGUGGUAAAGGUGGAAAAGUUAAGGGAAAGGCAAAGUCCCGUUCUAACCGUGCUGGAUUACAGUUUCCAGUAGGUCGUAUCCAUCGUUUAUUACGUAAGGGAAAUUACGCAGAACGUGUUGGCGCCGGAGCACCCGUAUAUCUUGCUGCUGUCAUGGAAUAUCUGGCCGCUGAAGUUUUGGAAUUGGCCGGCAAUGCCGCACGUGACAAUAAGAAGACCAGAAUCAUCCCCCGUCAUCUCCAACUGGCCAUCAGAAAUGACGAGGAAUUGAAUAAAUUGCUUUCUGGAGUAACAAUCGCUCAAGGUGGUGUUCUACCAAACAUCCAAGCCAUCCUCUUACCCAAGAAGACCGAGAAGAAGACAUAAAUUAUGUUUUAAACAUAAACCAUAGGCCCUUUUCAGGGCCAUUAUAUUUUUCUAUGAAAAAGAUUUAUCAUCAUCUUUGUUUUAGUAAAUAAUAUUAUGGUUCGCCAUUGAAGUCGUCUAGUAUUUUGAGGGUAAGAAACAAAGCUAUAAAUCAAAUUAUAUUUGAAUAGCGUGAUAUGCAAUCUUUAGCUUUUUUUAUGUUGCUCACUUCCAUGAAAUUUUAUUUCUUGUUGAAAUUAUUCAUUUUAACAACUUUGAGUGUUAUAAAUUCAAUUAAA